CUCUCCGCGCCCGCCUCUUCCCGUUGGUGGGGUUACCGGUCUGAGAGGCCGAGGUCGCGCCACUGCGCAGCCGCGAGAGGGCGGUACCACGGCGGCUGCGACAUGGGGGGGCGCGGAGCAGACGCCGGAAGUAGCAGUGGUACGGGUCCCACCGAGGGGUACUCACCGCCGGCAGCGUCCACCCGAGCCGCGGCGAGAGCCAAGGCCCGAGGGGGUGGGCGUGGCGGCCGCGGAAACACAACACCCUCUGUUCCCUCUUCUCGCGGAGCGGCGCUGCGUCGCUCCCCUCCACCCGCUGCCAUGAGCGAGCGCCUCCGCCCCAGGAAAAGGAGAAGGAAUGGCAAUGAAGAAGACCAGCAUCUUCCCCCCCAGAGCAAAAGGAGUAGUAGAAACCCCGUCUUUCAUGAUUCCUGGGACACGGAGACAGUACCUGUAAUGAAAAACAAGGAAAACAGACUAAGAGGAAACAAGGUUUUCUGCGCGUCUUCCAGCAGUGACAGUGGUGGCAGCAGCAGCAGCAUCAGCAGCCCGGACAGGGCCAGCGGGCCAGAGAGCAGCUUGAACCACGUGGUCGCCGGGUGCAGCCCGCACAGCCCUCCGCCCAUGCCCGAGCAGUCUGCACUGUGCCAAGGCCCGUAUUUCCACAUCAACCAGACCCUGAAGGAGGCCCACUUUCACAGCCUACAGCACCGAGGACGGCCUCCAACAUGAUGGGCUGGCAGCUUCUUGCCUUCUGUGAAGGGACAGCGCUGUGCAGAUUUGAUAUUUCAUCUUAUGAUGUUUUAAAAAAUUGCACAAAAAAAUGCCUGUUGGCUUUUCAGUCUAUAUUUGAAAUAACAGGUUAACAGGCAGUUGUUUACUUGUGGUUUUGCUGCACUAUUGCAAUUUCAAAGGGGCUUUGAAGCAAUUUUUAUAGGAUUCUUUUGAGGGUGGGUAUCAAAUCCAUGUCAAGGUAACGGUAUGAGGAAAUCUCAUCUGCGUGUUGAAUCCAUAGUUUGUCCAGUUCAGAUUAAUUUCCAAAUCUGUCAAUUAGCAAUUCUACUUUAUGUAAAAAGGCCUUUUAAAAAUGCAGGAUCUUCAAUUUUUUAAAUUCAAUAAACUAGUAAAGAGUA